UAUAAUGGAAAACUGUUCAUCAAGUUACAAUUCAUUUCUGAACGCCAUAAGACGUUUUUCGCUUUUGAGUACAAUACAUUAAAUCAUAACAUAUCAAAAUGAACACACUUCUCCUAGCAGUUGCUCUUUGCAUCGCCAUCACGAUGACUGUGGUCCAGACAGCACCUGCUAAAUAUACUACUAAGUACGACAACGUAAAUAUCGAUGACAUUCUGAACAACGACCGCUUGGUCGCCAGCUACUUUAAGUGUCUGAUGGAAACCGGAAAAUGUACACCAGAAGGCGAAGAAAUUAAACGGUGGUUACCAGAAGCAAUAGAGAAUAAAUGUGAAAACUGUUCGGAAAAACAAAAAAUUGGUUCCGAAAAAAUUAUUAAGUUUCUAAUUGAAAAGAAAAAUGAUAUGUGGAAACAACUUGAACAAAAAUAUGACCCCCAAGGACUCUACAAACAACGUUAUUCGGAAGAGGCAAAGAAAUUGAACCUUGAUAAUAUGUUCAAGCUGGUCUCCAUUGCGAUUAUUUCGGGUUUCGUAUCAAUGGUGCAGUGUGGUCCAAUGCCAGAACAACGAAUAGACGGCGGACAGAAUCGCAGGCAAGAACAACAAAAAUUUGCAGUUGACCACUUUACGACUGGACUGGUGGGGAAUCCUAAAAUUCGUCAAAAUUACCUCAAUUGCUUUUUGGAUAAUGGACCGUGCAGUCCGGAAGCUAAAAAUAUUAAACCAGGAAUGGUUCCCGAUGCUAUCCAAAAUGAUUGCGCACAUUGUACCGAAUUACAAAGAAAAGUGAUUGAAAAAAUGAUGUGCUACCUGAAUAACCACCAACCGGAUAUAUUAAAAGAAGUAGCUGCCAAAUUCGAUCCAAAUGGAGAAUAUAUGAAGCAUUAUAUUAAUACCAUAGAGCGAAAUGGAAAUGAACAGUUUUUGAACCCAAAUCUAAACCAAUACCAACCACAACAAAAUUCAAAUCAACCACAACAAAAUCCAAACCAACCACAACAGAACCCAAAUCAACCUCAGCCACAUCAAAACCAAUACCAACCACAACAAAAUCAACACCAACCACAGCCUAAUCCAAACCAAGCACAGCCUAAUCCAAACCAACUACAGCCUAAUCAAAACCAACCACAGCAUCCAAAUCAACCUCAGCAACAUCAACAUCAACACCAACCGCAACAAAAUCCAAAUCAGCCACAGCAACAUCAACACCAAAACCAACAUCAACCACAACAAAAUCAAUACCAACCACAACAACAUCAACACCAACCACAACAAUAUCAAUACCAACCACAACAACAUCAACACGAACAACAAUUAAAAGGAACGGUAGUAACAACGGCACCUAUAUCUACGGCAACCCGGAAACCUUGACUCUAACUAUUCAAAUUAUGAUUGUGUAUUUGUGUACGAAGUAGAGUUAAAAUUACUGUUAUUUAUCCUACAA